AUGUUCACGCACGUCAGAGUUGUCGCUAAGCGAGUUCCCCUCUUCGCUGCUCUCCUUUUCUUUCCUCCUUACUCUCCUUCUAUCUUCUGCCCUGCCAUUCUCAAGACCCACCGCUUCCAUAUUACGGCUUUCUAUUUUCGGGCUGGUGCUAUACGCUUCUUUAUGCCUGUAGUAUUUGAUCAACAUUUUUUCUUUCUUCCUUUUUCCAUGACUUCUUCUCUUCUUUCCAUUCAUUCUCGUCUUCGGUUCUUCUUUCUCUCUGUUCCUUUCUUUUUCUUCUUCUUCUUCUCCCUCCCCCUCCUUCUCCACUUCCUUCUCCUCGGUUUUCUUCUUCUUCUUCUUCUUCUUCUUCUUCUUCUUCUUCUUCUUCUUCUUCUUCUUCUUCUUCUUCUUCUUCUUCGUCUUCUUCUUCUUCGUCUUCUUCUUCGUCUUCUUCUUCUUCGUCUUCAUCUUCUUCUUCUUCGUCUUCUUCUUCUUCGUCUUCUUCUUCUCCUUCUUCUUCUUCGUCUUCUUCUUCUUCGUCGUCUUCUUCUUCUUCUUCUUCUAUUACGCUUUUUGAUUUUUUCUUUUUCUUCUUAUCCUUAUUUUUAUUCUUUCUCGCUUUCUAUUGUCUUCUUCAUUCUCCGAGAUUUUCGUGUUAAAUUCUUCUCCUUCUCUUUCUUCCUCUUUCUUCUUCUUCUUCUUCUUCUUCUUCUUCUUCUUUCUGCUCACUUCUCUUCCUGCUCCCCCUCGUUCUUCUUCUUAUUUUCAUUGUACUUCUUUCCUAAGUUUUUUCAUCUUUUUCUCUUCCCAAUUCUUUUUUCUCGCUUUCUUUUUUCUUCAUAUUUUUUCUUUUUUCUCUUCUUAAUUCUUCUUUUUUUUCUUCUUCCUUUUCGUUUUCCUUCUCUAUUUCCUUCCAUUUUGUUUCGCUCCAUCUCUAAGUUUCCACCAUUUUUUUUCUUCACUGCUGUCUGUCUCUUUCUCACGUUUUCUUUUUUUUCUUCGUCAAUCCCUUUUGCUUCUCUCUCUCUCUUUCUUCCCUUUCUCCUCGUCAUCUUCCUCUUCUUCCUUUUCUUCAUCUCCUUCGCUAUCAUUUUCUAUAUCUUUUUGUUUUCUCGAUUCCACGUUCUUUCUUUUUAUUUUCGUUUGCUUUUUUUAAUCUUUAAAUCGUUCUGGAUUCCUUAUAACUAUCCUUCUUUUCUUUUUCGUUUUUUCUUUUCUUUUUAUCUUCAAUUUGUUCUGGAUUACUUGCUCCUUUCUUUCUUUUCAUUUUCUUUUUCAUUUCUAUCUUUAAAUCGUUCUGGAUUCCUUGUAACUUUCCUUCUUUCCUUUUUUCGAUUUCUCGCUUAUUUCCUUCUUUCACUUUUCGUUUUUCGUUUCUUUUGUUUUUUAAUUCUUUCAAAAUUUCUCGCUUCUUUUCUUCUUGCGAAUUUUUUUUGUCUUUUCUUUUAUUCGCCUUCAGAUGAUCAUCUUCAAUUUUCGACAAGCAAGCAGGCAAUUCUCUCUAUCAAAUGCACAUGCUCCUUACCGCCUUUGAAGUGUCUCUCCAAAUUACAAAUUAACAACAAUACUCGACACGCAACAGAUAUUUACUUAUUUACUCGCUUUCCGACACCUCGGCCAACCACACCCAAUCACCAUCAGCGAUUAGCGCGGAUUUUUAUUGCUGUUAAUAUUUUUAUCUAUCUAUCUAUCUAUCUAUCUAUCUAUCUAUCUAUCUAUCUAUCUAUCUAUCUCAGUAUAUAUUGUCUACUCAAAUCUAUCUAUCUAUCUAUCUAUCUAUCUAUCUAUCUAUCUAUCUAUCUAUUCUACAUAAAUCUAUCUAUCUAUCUAUCUAUCUAUCUAUCUAUCUAUCUACCACUUCCUAAUUUGUUCAUAUCUGUCUAUGAAGCUUCUAUAAAAUCUAUCUUGACUAAACAAAUCCAUCAUCUAUCUAUCUAUCUAUCUAUCUAUCUAUCACAGUCUAUACAAAUCUAUCUCGGACUAAACAAAUCUAUCUAUCUAUCUAUCUAUCUAUCUCAGUCUAUACAAAUCUAUCUCGGACUAAACAAAUCUAUCUAUCUAUCUAUCUAUCUAUCUAUCUAUCUAUCUAUCUAUCACAUCUAUAAAAUCUAUCUCGGACUAAACAAAUCUAUCUAUCUAUCUAUCUAUCUAUCUAUCUAUUUGCCUAUCUAUCUAUCACAGUUUAUACAAAUCUAUCUCGGACUAAACAAAUCUAUCUAUCUAUCUAUCUAUCUAUCUAUCUAUCUCAUCUAUACUAAACAAAUCUAUCUCGGAUCUAUAAAAAUGUCUAUCCAUCUAUCUAUCUCCAUCUAUCUAUCUAUCUAUCUAUCUAUCUAUCUAUCUAUCUAUCUAUCUAUCUAUCACAUCUAUACAAAUAUCUCUUUAUCUAUCUAUCUAUCUAUCUAUCUAUCUAUCAAAAUCUAUCUAUCUAAAUCUAUCUAUCUAUCUAUCUAUCUAUCAUAUCUAUCUAUCUAG